AUGCAUGAAUAUAAGCUCAAACAACUCGCCGUUGCCCAGACUCGAUUGCGCAUCGUUGCCUCGAACAGCGACUACUGGAAAAGAAGAUUCUCGCCAAUCUCAUACAAGAUGAAGUCGACAUUGGCUCUACUGCUGGUGGCCCUCGCCCAUGCUGUGCUGGCAACAGAGUUCCAGGAUUGCGGUUCGGAAGCGUUGACCGUGGCUCUUGAGGUGGAGAGUUGCGACAUUCCUCCUUGCGUCGUCACCAGAGGCGACACCUUUCCUGUUACCAUCCUCUUCACUGUCGACCACGACGUCGAUACGUUGACCGCGGAAGUGACGGCAACCAUUGGUGGGUUUGAGGAACCGUGGCCGGGCUUUGAUAAGAACGCUUGUGCGUACCUUCUGGACGGUUGCCCUGUCACUGCUGGCUCUGUGGCAAAUUGGACUUACCCUGUAGAAGUUCUGCCUGAAUAUCCUCCGAUUACGACACUUGCCACCUUCCGUCUUGUGCACGAUGGAGAAGUGCACGACGAAGUCUGCCUCCAGGUGCCCGUUACAAUUGUUUGAUUUGUUGUUCGAGUCUGUGGUAUGUCAGGCAUGUGCAGAAGAAGGACUACUUGUGGAGGAUAAUAAUAGUUUGUUGUCACAAACUCGAGUUUGUUGGUCAUGUUAACCAGCAGCCAGCACAGCAAAGUGUAUUGCUGCACUUUGUCACAUAAUUAGUACGAACAACUGCCGUGUGUGGAGCAGUUUGUUUUGGGCAGUUUGGAGUAAUUUUGAGUAGUAGAUAUAUUUCUUUCGUAAUGAUGUUUACAGUUGUCAAUCGUGUUGAACAUCCGUUUUUAACAAACCAGAGAUAUUAAAACUAUGUAUAAAUAAGUAGAAAAAAUAAAAACAGAAACUGAUUUGACAUGUGAUGGUAUGGUGUUGAAGACCACGAGGAGAUUACGACAAAUAAUAAACAGUAAAUUCAUU